CGCGCGCCCCCGCCUCUCGGCUCACAAGCGGGGGCGGGGCGGCCAGGCGGCGCCCGCCUCCAGCGCGCCGCGCCGAGGCGGGCGGCCGAGGCUAGCUGUUGCUGGCUGCGCGAUGGAACGACGAGGUGCGGAACAGAGAGCCGCAGAGUCUCGGCUGGACCACAGUCUGAAAAGGAAUGUCGUUGACAGCGUUCACCGCGUUCUUCUUCAGCCCACCGACCGAGUGCCUGAUUCUGGCGUGUUCGUGUCGCUGAAGACAGGGCUCCUGCAGGCCUCAUCUGGCAUGGACGAGCGCAGCCUACUGGACUUCCUCGACGAGUUGGAGCCCAAGCCGCCAGUGCUGACUUUUCUGGCGGCUGUGCACAAGCACCGCAGCAUCGCCCGAAAGCAGGUUGCUGCCGUGGUGGCGAUCCUGAUGAACGCGGAAUCUUGGAGGAGCACGCUGCAUCGUGAUCAGGAAGCGUGCGCCGUGCUGCUGGGAGGCGCCGCCGCGGCCGCGGCGGUGCGGCCGGAGGC